GGCAGAGCAGCACUGCCGUCAGCCGGGGCCUGUGCCCCGCCCCCGCGGCCGCCAGCCGCCGCGAGCCUCCAAGAGCUGGGAUGGCGCGGCCGGUGAGGAGGAACAAGAAAGUCAUUGAUUAUUCUCAAUUUGGGGAUUUGGAAGAUGAUGAUGAAGACUUUGCUUGUAUAGCUGCACCUUCAAGCAAAAAAUCCAGAACACAGCUCAGGGACACAAAGAAAGAGAAAAAAGAGAAGCAAAAAAAGCCUCAGAAAGAAUUGACUCCAUCACAAAAGCAGACACCUAGCAAAAGGAUAUCCUUGGAUGACAAACUUUAUCAAAGAGAUUUGGAAGUUGCCUUAGCCUUAUCCAUCAAAGAAAAACCUGCAGAUAUCCUCAAGCUGCAAAACUCAGAAGAAAAAGAUCUCAAUCGGAUUAUUAAUGAUGAUGCACCUAGGGGUGAGAGAAGGGAAAGGACAGCAGCAUCUAAAGUUCCAGCAGAUCAGAAGGUACUAACUGUUGACAGUGAUGAUGGAGAGUGUGCAACUGACUCUGAGCCCGAGUCUGUACCCAGUGAGGAGUCAGAAGAAGAUUCAGAUUAUAGUGAAAGUGAUGAUGAAGACUUUGCUAUGGACAAGAAGAAAGGCAAAGGAAGUAAAAAUACCAGACAAAAGAUGCCAGCUGAAAGAGAGAAGAAAACUUUGAACUCCAAGAUUAGUAUUACGGUUUCACCUGUAGUUUCUCCUUCUCCGAUAACGGAACAAAAAUUUGAGCCAGCACAAAAGGUGACAUCAAGUUGUUCAGAAGCAAUUGGGAGGCCUCUACAUACAUCGAGUCCUGUAACAGAAAAGAAGCCUAAAUGGAUACCACCAGCUGCAUCAGGAAGCAGUAAUAACUCUAUGAAAUAUGUUUCAGUUAAGGCACCUACUCAGUGUCUUAGACUCGGCCUCUCCAGACUAGCAAGAGUCAAACCGCUGCAUCCCAGUGCUGCCAGCAGUUAAGUGGUUGGUAACAAGAUGCCAUGUAAAGGAAAAGACUUUGGAAAGUGUUUUGUUUAUAAAUAGAGGGUGGGCAGCAAAAUGACAUAAUCUGUUUUGGUGGACUUGUUUAUGUACAUGUCUAAUACUAUAAUGAGUUUUUAUUUUGCUAAAUGCUGGGCAUCCUUAAGUCUACUCAAUAAUAAUAUUAUUUAAUCAAGUUGACAUCUGACAUCAGCAGUUCUUUGCUGGUUUAUACUGAGAGAUGUGGUUAUGUGAUAAUUUUAACUCUCUAACAUCUAAACUCUUGGCAUUAAAAUAGCCUAGACAGCACUAUUACAGUUACAGAAUUUGAUAUCUUAAAUGGGUUCUUAACACAAGUGAAAGUCACAGCUUAAAAAAUAUUUCCACCCCCUUCUUGGAAAGUUUGUCACCCCACCUCAAAAUCUGUCAAUAUUUGCAUGUCUUAUUUGUGGAUUUUAAUGAUUUUUUUUCUUUACUGUAUUGUAGAUAUAAAUAUUUUUUAGAAUGUUGUAUUUUUAAAAAACCCUCA